AUGAGUUCUGGUGCCAAUUUUGGGCAUCCUUAUCAGCCGUAUGAUAUUCAAAUCCAAUUGAUGCAAUGCAUCUAUGAUACGCUCACCCAAAAUAAAAAAUUGGCAAUUCUAGAGAGUCCCACAGGUACAGGUAAGACCUUAUCAUUGAUCUGUUCUAUUGUGUCGUGGUUGAGGGACAAUAAGACAACAUUGAUUGCUGACAAUGAGAGUUCGAACCGAAUUAAAGCAGAUUCUGACUUUUCGGAUAGUGAUAGUGAAGAUGAAUUAGAUUGGGUUAAAGAAAAUUACCAGAAGUCUAUAGUAAAGGAUAGAUUACUAGAUUUGAAUGAUUAUGAAUUAUAUUUGGAUAGUGUAGAGAAUAGGAGCUCAGCAGUUGAGAUUAAAUCAAAACAUGAUAAGAGAGUGAAGGCUACUGAACCGAAAAAGAAAAGAAAGAUCGAGCAUGUCGAUGUUGAAAUGGCUGAAGCUGAUUUCUUACCAGCUGAUUAUAAUUCAGAUAGUGAGGAUAGCAAUUCAACUGUCUCUAAGGCAUCUGCUUUGUCGAGUGAAAUUCAUCUUUUGUUGCAAAAGUUGGACAAUAAUAAUGAGAAUAAGAAAGAAACUAAUUCAUCGGAUUUAUUAAAAGAAUGUAAUCCUGUAAAAAUUUAUUUCGCCUCAAGAACACACUCUCAAUUGAACCAAUUUGCCUCUCAAUUGAAACUACCGGAUUUUAAACCUUCGUUUGAUCCAGAGAUUGUGCCAAAGGAAAGAAUAAAAUAUACACCAAUGGGUUCAAGAUUACAACUAUGUGUAAACCCAGAUAUAAGGAAAAAAUGGAAGACUUUAGAAUCUAUCAAUAAUGCAUGUAAAGAACUAGUGGGAUCUGAAAAAGGAUGUCCAUAUCACAAGAGAAAGAUAUCAAAAAUUGAUUUUAGGGACCAAAUGUUUACAAAAGUUCACGAUAUUGAAGAUAUAGUCGAUAUUGGUGAGACAUUAAAUAUGUGUCCAUAUUAUGGUACAAGAGAAUAUCUGAUGGAUUCAGAAAUAAUAACCUUACCGUACCAAUAUCUUUUAUCUGAAUCAACAAGAAUUAGCAUGGGUAUAGAUUUAAAAAAUUCAAUUGUAGUAAUAGAUGAAGCACAUAAUCUUAUAGAUACAGUGAAUAGUAUACAUUCUGCUCAAAUAUCAUUGCAAGAAUUAAUAAUGUCACAAAAAGGUUUAACAUUAUAUUUAAAAAAGUUUCAAAAGAGACUGAAUGGUGGGAAUAGAGUUAAUAUUCUAAAACUAAUCAAGCUAUUUUCCAUUCUAAAUGAGUUUAUCAAAAAAACUUAUAAGAAAGCUGGUCAAAAGAUAAAUGUUAAUGAUAUAUUUUCUGGCUCAAAUGCAGAUACUAUCAAUAUUCACAAAUUAAACAAAUUCAUUCAAGUAUCCAAAAUUGCAUAUAAGAUUGAUACAUACAUUGAUUCAAUUUCACCUGAGAAAGAUGAGAAAGUCGAACCUUCUUCAACUCCAUUGUUAUAUAAAGUUGCUACAUUUCUUAACUGCUUGACAAACCAGAGUAAUGAGGGCCAAUUUUUUUUUGAAAAGGAUAAUACUAUUAGGUAUAUGUUAUUAGAACCAAGUGAAAGUUUUAAGUCAAUAAUAAAUGAUGCCAGAUGUGUGAUUCUAGCUGGUGGUACCAUGGAACCGGUCAGUGAUUUUUUUGAUGUUCUGUUUCCAUCCGUUGAUAAAAUUGAUACUGUGACAUUCUCUUGUAAUCAUGUUAUUCCUGAUGAAAAUUUAUCAACAUAUAUUAUAGAUGAACCACAAUUUGAAUUCACCUUUGAAAAAAGACAAGACAAGAAUUUAGUCAAUGGAGCACUUUUUAAUUUCCUUAAUGAUCUUUCAAACUCAGUUCCCCCUUCAGGAGGUAUUGUCACUUUCUUUCCAAGUUACCAAUAUUUACAAUAUAUCAUUGAUACUUGGAAAGAGUCAGGUAUGUUCGAUAAAUUGAAUAACAGUAGAAAAAUUCUCUUUGAGUCUAAAGCAGGGAAAGAUCCGUUCCCUGAAUAUAUGAAUAAUAUUUCAGAAGGUAUAUCUUCGAACCUGUUUGCAGUUGUAGGUGGUAAAUUAUCGGAAGGUAUUAAUUUCCAAGACAACCUAUGUAGAGCUAUUGUUAUGGUUGGUUUGCCAUAUCCAAAUAUAUUUAGCGGUGAACUACAGAUCAAAAGAAGUCAUUUAGAAGACAAAAUAAUUAAAAAUGGUGGUUCAAAAUCUGACGCAAUGAAAAAAACUAGAACAUAUUAUGAUGUAUUAUGUAUGAAGUCAGUCAAUCAAAGUAUUGGCAGAGCAAUAAGACAUAUUAAUGACUAUGCUAAUAUAUAUUUACUAGAUAAGCGUUAUAAGUUACCAAAUAUUGAAGAUAAAUUAUCGUUAUGGGUUAGGAAUAGAAUACAGCAAGAGUCUAAGGUUUCAGGUAUACUAACCAAAACUAAGAACUACUUUGAAAAUAGAGCAUGA